AUGGCGGUUUCAAGUGAACAGGGAAUAUCGUCAGUUCAAGAGAUCAUUUGGUUAUUGUUCGCAUCUCCAUUGGGGUUUCCAUCUAAGAUUGCUGAAGCUCCUGAAGGACGUGGUGUUCCAUCCAAGUUUUCUGAAACCCAGAAAGAAGCUAGGCCUUUGCUGAUUUUCAGACAUGGUUGUCUUCAGCCCAUACUGGAGGAUCUUGUAGGGCUAGUUUGUCUGGGAAACCAAAAUCCCAUGGUUUAA